AUGGGACUUUAUCCGACACUCGAAGAUAUGACUGUAGCAAAUGCUAUGAACGCUCAACAAGCACAACAACAACAACGUCAACAAAAUAUGAUCCAAAGCCACUCUAGUGCUCCUUAUCCAACACUGACGCCAGGUUCACGCCCUGAUGAUCCUCCAAACUACUGGAACCAGCAAUCGCAAACAUCUCAAGCUCUUCAACCUGUUCAGCCAUCUUCCAUGGCCGUGGCAAACUACUCAAGCGCCCCUGUUUCAGGCGAGAUGGUCGGAAUUAAGAGAGCUGAGAUCAAAGAUGGCCUCCGAAUGGUGCACAUCUGUGUUGAUCCUGAUUCUAACAAGUUUGGACUCAAGUUGAAAUGCAUCGACGCUGGAGUCUUUGUCAGCUUGGUUGCAAAAGAAUCACCGGCUGCACUCGUAGGAAUUCGCUUUGGCGAUCAAAUCGUGCAAAUCGAUGGCGAAAACCUAGCUGGCAAGUCCUCAGACAAGGCGCUGAAGCUGCUCAAGAAGGCGAAUCCCCAGAGAUGUGAGCUUGUUCUUCGCGACAGGCCAUUGUCCUCCACGAUUACGAUGCAGAAGGAUAGUCAAGGGCAUGUUGGCUUCAAAUUCAGUAAUGGGCGUAUUUCUCACCUCGUGCAAGACUCAUCUGCUGCAAGAAAUGGUUUGCUCAUUGAUCGUCAAAUUUGUGAGGUUAACGGUCAAAAUGUCGUUGGAAUGAAGGACAAACUUAUUUUGGAAAUCCUUGCUGGCUGUGGACGAACCGUAACAUUGACGACUAUGCCAAAAGACGAGUUCGAGCAUUUGUCGAAGAAUGUAAGCAGAAGCAUGUUCAAAUCUAUGGAUCAUUCUAUUCCUGAUGUUUGA